AUAAGUAUUGGCAGGCGUCGCAUAGAAAACAAUAAUAGUCCGCUUUAAUAUUUGUUUGUGCCGCAAAAUGACAAUAUUGUACAAAGUCGAGGGCAAGGAGUUUAGCAAGGACAGUGUCUUUCCGAACAAGAAGGUACUCUGCUCCGUUUCCGCAAGGAAUAUCGUGGCGUUCAGUACUUUGCAGAGCGCCAUAGUUCCGUCGUCCCACGGAGGAGAAGCCGGCGAUGGAUCCUUGCCCGGGACGAGUUUGGCUGUGGGCGCCAGCAACAGCCAUGUGUACGUGUGCGACAUUGUGACGCCGUGGGAGUACUACAAGGUGUGCUCCUCUAAGUCCCUCAUCAGUGUACUCCAGUGGAGUCCGAACGGGGAACAACUGCUUCUAGGAUAUGUUGGCGGACGCGUGGAGAUCUGGCAGCCGAGAAACCAGUCAAUUAAUAAGUGGGUCCUGCAGUUCCACGCCACCGUGCCCAGCGAGGACAUCAUUGAGGCCCAGUUUUUUCACAACGGCAAGGGGGUGACCUUCAAUCCGCAGAAGAAGGAUCACACGUACUAUGCGGAGAAGUUCGAACGGCUGGAGCAGCAGAAGCCCACUCUCAGCGGCUUUGGCGGAGUGCCUAGCGAGGGCUGUGCGCUGCUCACCUCCUCUGGACUACUGGCCGCUUUCGUUCUUCCAGUGCUGCAGAAGAUAUCCGCGGGCGGAGCAGGAGCAGGAGCGGAAGGCCCAGUCCACGAGAUCGUCGAGCUGACACCAACGUUUCACAGCAUCGGCAUAUCGCGCAGCUUUAUCGAACACUGUAGCAUGACGCCGAGUCCUUCGGGCGCUUUAAAUGUCGCCUUCAGUUGCGGCUGGCAGCAACAGUUGGUGCAAUGCUUCAGGGUUUCUCUGUCCCUGGAGGGCGAGCUUGGCCUAGAGCAGCAUCUGGCCAUUAAGUCCGAGUCGCAGGCCAGCAUUUUCUUGGGUCCUCUCGAUGGACGACGGAUCAGUCACAUAAAAUGGACGCGGGUGGCCAGCGAGGAUGUGAUCUUCAUAGCCUACGCCUGUCCGGAUGGUUCAGGUAGCCAGCUGGAGCAGUGGACGCUGACACGCCGGCACCAGAGUGUGCACGCCUUACUUCAGGGUGGCGGUGGCGCCAACAGCAAGACAAACGAGUUCGUGCAAUCAGAGAGCUGGGAGCAGGUGGGCAAGGUGCAGCUCAACGCUUUUUUGGCCGAUAUCUGCGUAACGCGUCUGUCGGUCUCCGCACCAGACUGCUGCCAAGUGUACGCCAUUCUGCAAGACAACAGCGUACAAGUGCUGGAGCCCAACACGUUGAAGCAGCUCAAUCUCACCCAGUUUGAAAAGGUCUCCGAUGCAAGUGGCGGAGUGAGAUUUGUUAGCGGUGAUCUGACGCCCACAAGUCAAAUGCUCCUUAUCUUUGAUAGCCACGCACAGUUACAUGCCAUGCAGGCUCCUCUCGUGAAGCAAGCCAUAUCUGGCUUGCUUUUGCUGGAGUACUGCAUCGUGACGGGCUGCGAUGCCAGCGAUGUACUGCUGCUGAACCUUGGUAAUCUGGAGGCGCUUGUGGAGAAGCUGACAGACAACUUUACGCGCCAGCCUUCUUAUGUGCGGCACUACUACUAUGCCAAUUUUCUGGCGCUCAAGUCAAAUCUGUGUCGCAUUCAACAGCAGGAAUUCGACAAUCUGAUCAUCUUGCACGCCAUAUCCACCACAUUCAAAAGCCUGCUGCGACCCUCCGAUCUGGGAUUCCAGGAUAAAGGACCCGCCGAUAACUUGGCCAUAAAGCUAGCCGAAUCUAUACCGGAUGUCGACACUGUUAUGCUAAAUCUGGAUGCCAAAGAUUUCACCGUGGAGCCGGUGAUGCUGCAGAGCUUACAACAGUUGAUUCAGUGGGUCACCGACCUCGCUCUCAACAUGCUACACCGUCUGCCCGAGGAGGUGAUGAAGAGCAAGCUAUCCGGGAAACGUCCCAGCUACGACAUAAGCCGCGACAUCGUGGCUAUCGGCAGUUUGCGUGAACUCCUUGUCAUGAUCCGCAUCUGGGGCCUGCUGAACCCCCAGUGCCUGCCUGUUUACACCAAGACUAUGGACAACAUUGAUGUGUUAGUGAUCCUGUUCCGUUUACUGACUCGCUUGUCUCAAAACCCUGCAGAGCCCGACGAAAUGCUGCUGGACGAGUGCAGUCUGCUGUCCAAGCAGCUACUAAUCCCCCAACCCUCGAAGUUCAGUCCCACCACGCUGUUGAGUGCUCAGGGAUUCGCGGCCGUAAAAUCGGGACAGCUGCAGUUCACUUCGCUGGUGGAGCCAUCCUGUUUGCAGGACAUGGAAACGGAGGAAGUGGUCUUCGCCCGGUCGGUGAAGGAUGGUGUGAGCAAUCUCCAAUUGGGUGCGCGACCCAAUACCAUCCGAAGGUGUGCUCGCUGCGGAUUCGUUUUCGUCAAUAACGCCAGCAAAGUGGCCAAGACUUCGGCCCUGAAGGCGUGGUUCAGCAAGUGGCUGCACUGCCACUGCGGAGGCUUUUGGAAGCAGAUUCAUUAGUUAAUUUAAAUGUGUAUCUAGCGACGGCAUAAGUUAGUAUUAGUUUGCAAUAAAAUUUAAAUCAACAAUGUCAGCUUAA